GAAGUAAAGAUAAGCAAAGAUUGUAAAAGCUUUGAAGAGGCCGUUUACGUUUGGACUUGUAAUCUUUAUGGCAGGGUAUGAUCAUGAGAAAAGUAACAAACAAGGAGAUUGACCAAUAGGUCAAGUUGAGGUUGGGUGCUGUUAGGGAAUGCUCUUGUUUCAGAAACAGGCACUCAAUGCUGGCGUCAGCAGCUAUAUAAGGUUUGAAACCUGUUCAUCUUGUCCCUGUUCCAGUGGUGGGCGUGACCUCAUGGCUCCAAUUUCAUAAAGGGGGCGGAGCUCAGGCAUGUCACUUGACUGAACUGUCAGUUCAGCCUGAGAGCUGGGAACUACAACUGGACAAUUGGCACCCAUCAGACUCAUGUCCGAACAGCAGAUCCGUUGCCCAAUAUGUCUGGAUACCAACUUUACCACCCCAGUCACCAUCCCCUGUGGGCACAGCUUCUGCACGGCGUGUAUUGGAGAGUACUGGAAUCACACCGAUGAGUGUCUGUGCCCACUUUGUAAAACAUCCUAUCCCACGAAACCCGAUCUCCUUGCUAACAGAAGCCUGGGAGAAUGUGCUGGUCGCUGUGAUGAAACGAAGGAGGUGAGUGGGGAUGAAGAGCGCUUUGCCAAGCCAGGAGAAGUGCCCUGUGACUCUUGCACUGGCAGGAAGCUCCAGGCUGUGAAAUCCUGCCUGGUGUGUCUGGCCUCCUACUGCGAAACGCACACUCUUCCCCACUAUCAAGAGGCUGCUUUCAAGAAGCACACGCUGAUUGCCGUCUCCAAAAACCUGGAAGACAAGAUGUGCAAACAGCACGGGCGACCGCUGGAGAGGUUCUGCAGGAGUGACCAGACCUGUAUCUGCGUGAAGUGCACCGAGACAGAUCACAGGACACACAGUACUCUCUCUGCACACAAGGAGUGGAGAAGGAAGAAGGUUCAGCUGGAGAAAACUGCAAACAAAGUUGAACAGAUGACUAAAGAGAGACUGCAGAAGGUGGAGGAGCUCAAUCAGCUGGUGAAGCUCAGCAAAAGCCACACAGAGAGAGAGAUCGAGGACAGUGUUCAGGUCUUUGCCUCUCUGCUGCGCUCCGUGGAGAGCAGCCAGGCUGAGAUCACUGAGCUGAUUGAGGAGAAGCAGAGAGCAGAAGAGAAGAGGGCUGAGGGGCUCAUUACAGAGCUGGAGCAGGAGAUCGCUGAGCUGCAGAGGAGAAGCACUGAACUGGAGCAGCUCUCUCACACUGAAGACCCCAUCCACUUCCUACAGAUGUGGUGA